AUGUGCGAAAUGCAUAAGCCAGCUUAUGUCUCAAAUACAACUCAUCUAGAAAUUACUUUUUACCAUUCACUUUCAGAUAAAAAAAUAAAAAGCAUUGUGAAAACAUUUCCGAAUAUAAUUCAUUUAGAUUUUAAAGAUAGUUUAGGUUUUAGCGAUAAAUCACUAUUUGUAAUAGCGGAAUCAUAUCCUAAUUUGAGAUAUAUUAAUUUGUGGGAUGUUCAAAUAACUGAUAAAGGAAAUUGUUAUAACUUGCAAGAGUUUUAUUUUGCUGAAGCACAUUGGAUCACAGAUAGAUCUAUAAAUACUAGUAUGUUAAUGCGAAGAUGCUUCAAUAUAGAGUAUCUUGACUUUAGUAGGGUUAUGGCUUUGCAGAAUGAUGUAUUAAUUAUAGCUAUUAUCAAACGAUCUUUGAAUUUAAGACACUUAGAGAUCGGUCAUAAUGAUAUUGGUAAUGAGGUUAUUGAAGCGUUGGCUUAUACAUGUCAUAAAUUAGAUAAAGCAAAGCAAGUAUCUCUUAAUCAAGAUCAAGAAUCAAUUCCAAAAGAACUAUCUGAUACUGGAUGUUCUGCUUCUGAAAAGAUACCA